AUGGACGUGGUGACACAAUCAGUCGAUCUCGUCACAAUCAACCCCCAUCCAUGGCGACUCAAGCGACUCACGAAGCAUGGCAGCUCGAUUUUGGAUACGUCAUAUGAUACGGAGCCGGAAAGCGAUUCGGAGGUUGACUUCGAGAUCAGGGGAUCAGAUUUGGCACGAGCGCAUUGGAUACAGAUGCAUAAAGUUAAUAAGCAGACUGCAGUAAUCGAACAAACAUUCCUGGAACUCCUCAAAUCCUAUCGACACCUACGCCCCGUGUGGCCCUUCGGAAGGCGUAUCGACCCGGAGGACGAGAGCUGGGAAGAGCAUCUAUCCCAAGAUAUCUACUUUAAGAACCAUUGUGGGGCCAUACAAGCUGCAUUUACAAUGUUAAUGGAGCACAAGGACGAGCCGGGAUGUGUUAGUCGGCUACUAAAUGAAAUUGGUGCUCACCACUUCUACUAUGACGCCACGGAAUCUCAUUUCGAGUGCUUCCAAGUAGCCUUUAUGGCAGCACUAAAAAAGAAAUGCACUGGUUCCUGCCGACUUGACGAUGAGAUUGAAUCGUCGUGGAAAACGUUCCUCGGCGAGGUCAAAGUCAAAAUCAGCGAAGGUAUCGCCAUCCAGCGCGUGAAUUACCUACGCAUUGCGGUAACCUCCAGUGAAAUUGCGGAAGUGAGACAGCAAUGGCAUACGAUCACAGAAUAUGGGGUGGAAAAAGCUGGGUUGGUGCUCUGCAAAGAGGCAAUGCUGAAUUACAAAGCUCUACUCCAUCAAUACGGUCUGGAGAAUCAGAUUGCAGACGUGGACAAAGAUGAGGAGACUCUACAUCAAUUUGUUAAGAUGACCAUGGCGGCAUUCCAAACUUCCGUCAGCUGCUGGACAACUAAUGAUGGAUUUAUGGGACUCCCAGCUUUAUUAAAGGAAUACGUUAUGCAAUGCAUGCUACUCGACGUUUGCCCAACUCUUUUAAGAAAAGCCGUCCAACAUGGACUCGUCAAAAUGUUAAAGAAAAUCUUGGGCGGCGAUGAGGUCAGCGAGCAAAUUGAGCAAAUGUGGAAGAAAAUGUACCGCGUCGUCGAGCAGGUCAAU